CCAACGCAGGGCUCGAACUCACAGCCCUGGCAUCAAGAGUCAUAUGCUCCACCGACUGAACCAGCCAGGAGCGCCUCAUUUUACCUGUUCUUGGUCUUCGUAGAGAAAGAAUUAUCAAGCAGACCCCAAAUGCAGCAGCUUUUAGCAACAGCAUACUGGAUGCUUCUUCUUGGACCUGUAUAUGGUUUUCACAAGAAAGGAAGUAUCACAAAUCCUGAAGCUAAUAUGAACAUUAGCCAGAUUAUUUCCUACUGGGGUUACCCUUGCGAAGAGUAUGAUGUUGUGACCAAAGAUGGUUAUGUCCUCGGAAUUUACCGGAUUCCUCAUGGAAGAGGAUGUCCCAGAACAACUCCGAGACCCGUCGUGUAUUUGCAACAUGGCUUAAUCGCGUCUGCCACUAACUGGAUAUGCAACCUCCCGAACAACAGCCUGGCGUUCCUUCUGGCAGAUCGCGGUUAUGAUGUGUGGAUGGGGAACAGCCGGGGCAACACCUGGUCCAGGAAACACUUGAAAUUCUCACCCAAAUCUCGAGAAUACUGGGCCUUCAGCGUGGACGAGAUGGCUGGCUAUGACCUUCCGGCCACAAUCGAUUUUAUCGUAGAGAAAACUGGACAAGAACGAAUCUAUUAUGUGGGCCACUCACAAGGCACCACCAUCGCCUUCAUAGCAUUCUCUACCAAUCCAGAGCUGGCUAAAAGGAUUAAGAUAUUUUUUGCAUUGGCUCCAGUCAUCACGGUGAAAUACACCCAAAGUCCUAUGAAAAAAUUCAAAACUCUUUCCAGAGAAGUAGUCAAGGCACUAUUUGGUGACAAGAUGUUCUACCCUCAUACGUUUUUUGACCAAUUCAUUGCCACCAAGGUGUGCAACCGGAAGCUAUUUCGUCAUAUUUGCAGCAACUUCCUGUUUACUUUGAGUGGAUUUGACCCGAAAAACUUAAACAUGAGUCGCUUGGAUGUUUACUUGGCACAGAGCUCCGCGGGCACGUCUGUUCAGAAUAUGCUGCACUGGGCCCAGGCUGCUAAUUCUGGUCUGUUCCAAGCUUUUGAUUGGGGAAACGCUGAUCAGAACAUGAGGCACUUCCACCAGCUUACACCUCCCUUAUAUGACGUCACAAAGAUGGAAGUACCAACGGCUGUGUGGAGUGGAGGACAUGACCGUGUGGCUGAUCUCAAAGAUGUUGAGAAUUUACUCCCUAAGAUUACCAGGCUUAUUUACUACAAGUUGAUCCCACACUACAAUCAUGUGGAUUUUUACCUCGGACAGGACGCACCCAAGGAAAUUUACCAAGACCUUAUUAGACUGAUGGACGAAUGUUUGCAAAAGUAAAUGCAUUUUCCUUUCUCUAAGUAAGUGGAUUCUCAAACUAAUAACGUGGCACACAAACCCCUAAGGUGACCCCUCCAGUGAUUUUCACCUACUAG